AUGGCUUUCGAUAAGCCUAGGGACACGGUCCAGGCCGCUGAGGCCGCACAUGCUCAGGCUGUGGUCAAUGCCGCUACUGAAAAGUUAGAGGAUGAAGAUGACCAGUUGGAACUGGCGUCCCCGUCGGAGCAGGUUGAGCUCACCGAGGAUAUGUGCUACGACAAACUGGGAUACUCCUUCAGCGAAACUAAGAAGUGGACCAUCAUCACCGUCAUUUUCUUGGUGCAAGUCUCCAUGAACUUCAACACUUCACUCUACUCCAACGCCCUCUCCGGAAUCUCGGAGGAAUUUGGCGUAUCGAUGCAGGCCGCACGAUGCGGUGCCAUGAUCUUCUUGGUUCUAUACGCUUUCGGUUGUGAGCUCUGGGCUCCCUGGAGUGAGGAAUUGGGUCGCAAGCCAAUCUUACAGGCUUCGCUUCUUCUCGUCAACAUCUGGCAGCUCCCUGUGGCGCUCGCCCCCAACUUCGCCUCCAUCAUGGUCGGUCGUGCCCUGGGUGGUCUCUCUUCCGCUGGUGGUUCCGUCACUCUAGGUAUGAUCGCAGACUUGUGGGAACCGGAUUCACAACAGUAUGCUGUCGCCGCAGUCGUUUUCUCGUCAGUCGGCGGAUCAGUUUUGGGUCCAGUCGUCGGAGGCUUUGUCGAGGCUUUCUUGCCUUGGCGGUGGAACAUCUGGAUUCAGUUGAUCUUCGGCGGUUUCGUUCAAAUCGCCCACCUCGUCUUGGUCCCAGAAACCCGUACCUCCGUGAUGAUGGACCGCAUCGCCAAGAAGAUGCGCAAGUCCGGCGAGAACCCUAACAUCUACGGUCCCACCGAGGGCAUGUCCUUCCGCCAGCGUUUCCCUCCUCGCGAACUCAUGAUGACAUGGAUUCGCCCAUUCAAGAUGUUCCUGACCGAGCCGAUUGUGCUGGUUCUCUCUCUUCUGAGUGGUUUCAGUGAUGCUCUGAUUUUCAUGUUCAUUCAGUCGCUCUCGCUCGUGUACAGCCAGUAUGGCUUCAACACCUGGGAGAAGGGUCUGGCGUUCAUUCCCAUUGUGAUCGGCUACUUCAUCGCUUGGUUCUCUUUCAUUCCCGUGAUCAAGCGAAACAUCAAGGAACGUCGCGACAACCCUGAGAGUGAGCGGGCUCAGUAUGAAUCUCGUCUGUGGUGGUUGUUGUAUACCGCCCCCUGCCUCCCGAUUGGUCUGAUUGGCUUUGCCUGGACCAGUUUGCCACAAUGCCACUGGAUUGGAUCUAUGAUCUUUGCCGCGAUCAUUGGUAUUGCCAACUAUGCCAUCUACAUGGCUACUAUCGACUACAUGAUUUGCGCCUACGGUCCGUACUCUGCGUCUGCCACUGGUGGCAAUGGAUGGUCUCGAGACUUCCUUGCUGGUGUUCUUACCAUUCCGGCUACACCAUUCUUUGAAAACAUUGGUGGCAAAUAUCAUCUCGAAUAUGCCUCAACUAUCCUGUUCUGUAUCUCGGUGCCACUCGUCGUUGCAGUCUACAUCAUCUACUGGAAGGGCCCGGCUCUCCGCAAGCGCUCUCCAUUCGCCCAGCAGCUCGAGGAUGCCCGCAUCCAGGUGCACGCCCAGGUUGCCAGCCGACGAGGAUCCAAGGUUCCUGAGGAAUCGCGCGCAAGUUCAUAUGCUCGCUCUCAGCAAGACCUCCGCAUUCGUCCGACACUGGGCAGCCGUGGAAACUCGCGAGUGAACUCGCAGGCCAAUUCCCGGGCCAACUCGCGCCGUAACAGCGUCGCCAAUGCUUAA